AUGGAGCGACCCCUGGAAGGGGCCAACUUCACCCGGGUCCAGGAGUUCAUCCUGCUGGGCCUGACCUCAGGGCAGGGUCCAAGGGCCACCCUGUUCAUGGUCUUCCUGGCGCUUUACCUGCUGACGCUCCUAGAGAAUGUGCUUAUCGUCUACCUGAUCUGCAGCCACAGCGAGCUCCACAGGCCCAUGUACUUCUUCCUGGGCAACCUCAGCUGCCUCGAGAUUAGUUACGUUUCUGUGACUGUGCCCAGCCUGCUCGUGGGGCUGUGGACGGGCCCCUACCGUGUCCCCUUCACUGCCUGUAUGACCCAGCUCUUCUUCUUCGCCUCCUUCAUAGGCACUAAGUGCUCCCUGCUAGCCUCCAUGGCCUAUGACCGCUACGUGGCCAUCUGCCGGCCCCUGCACUACCCUCUGCUCUUGCGGCCCCGAGUCUGUCUGGGUCUGGCCCUGGGCUCAUGGCUGAGCGGCCUGUUGGUGUCGGUCGCCAAGACCUCGUGCAUCGCCACCUUGUCCUACUGCGGCCCCAAUGUCCUCAACCACUUCUUCUGUGACGUGUCCCCCCUGCUCAACCUGUCCUGCACCCACGUGGCCCUCAUGGAGCUGGUGGACUUUAUCUCAGCCAUCGUCAUCUUCUGUGGAACCCUGACCAUUGCCCUGGGGUCGUAUGCAGCCAUCAGCAGGACAGUGCUACAAAUGCCAUCAGCAGCCGCCCGGCGCAAGGCCUUCUCCACCUGUGCAUCCCACCUGGUCGUGGUGGGCAUCUUCUACUCGGCCACGAUCUUCAUCUAUGCCCGGCCCCGCCGCAUAGACACUGCGGACCUCAACAAGGAGCUCUCGGUCAUCUACACUGUGCUCACGCCCAUGUGUAGCCCCGUCAUCUACUGCCUAAGGAAUAAGGAUGUGCGGGCAGCCCUGCAUCAGAGCUUACACGUGAAGGGUGACCAGGAAGGCCAGUGGGGAAAGGUUGGCGCUUCAAGAGCCUUUAAGAGCGUCUUUGGCUCCAUCCCUUGGUUCAUCCAGCAGGGCAGAGGCGCUGACCAGGGCUGGCUGGUCAACCAGAUCGGGGUCAGCCUCCUCAGACUCCCCAGUUGCCCCAUCCUUCUGUCCUCCUGCUCUCAGCUGUCCUUUUCCUUCUGCUUCCCCAAGAGGACCCCUCAGUCUCCUCACCUGGCCAGCUCUGCCCGGGGAACACUGGAUCCUUGGCGGCUCAAGGCUCCUGGAAAGGAUGUGCGAGUCUCUGGAGAAGCUUCUGGAACAUGUGCUCUGGAGGGCAACACCCCACCGUCACUGCUGCUCCAGCCUGUCCCCUCAGGAGGAGCUGCCUAG